AUGCUUGACAAGGAUGUGGCUUUGAAGGCUGCAGGCUUAAGCAGUACAGAGCUUGCAGACUGCGUCUCAGUUCUUUGGCGGCUUCAUGAGGCGGAGGAAUCAGGCAUCCUAGAUCCAAAUGCCAACUGCUUACGACCUUUGCGCAAGAUCUUGUCCAUACACUUGCACAAGACUUACUCGCAUCUUCCUCAGAAGAGCGCCAUCGAUGAGAGCGAGCGCAGGCGCGCAGAGAAAGACCGCAAGCGAGAGCGCCGUCAGAGGCAGCUGGAGGCCGACAAGCGCUUCCAGGAGAACAGCCAGCUGCGGGCCUCUCGAUUGGCGAAACUCCAGGCUUUGGAGGAAGAGGACGCGGGGAUGCUGAAAGGCCAGCUUCGGAUACCUGAUGGACCGAGCAUGGAAGCCACUUGCGAGGGCGCGGAGGGGGAGGGGGGAGCAGAUGAGGUGGAACAAGAGUAUUGCCGACAACAAGCCUGCUACAUUUGCAAGGUUCGCUUCUCCGAGAGGCACCAUUUCUACUCGCACCUGUGCCCAGCCUGUGCUUCCUUAAACUUCGAGAAGCGCAAUCAAGCACGAGACUUGUCGGGUCGCACUGCGCUGGUGACGGGAGCACGGGUUAAGAUCGGUUUCCAGGUGGCCACGAAGCUGCUGCGAAUGGGCGCGCGGGUCCUUGCCACCACUCGUUUCCCACAGGAUGCACGGAAGCGCUACAUGGCGGAGCCUGAUGCUGAGCAGUGGCUGGAUCGCUUGCAGAUCAUUGGUGCCGACUUUCGAUUUUUGGCUGGGGUUGAGGCCAUGUGCCUGCAGCUCAGAAGACGGGAACAAUACCUGGACAUAAUUGUCAACAAUGCCUGCCAGACCAUACGCAGACCAGCAGCAUACUAUGCGCAUCUCCUGCAUGAAGAAGCGCAGCCUUACCCAUCUUUGACAAGAGGCCCUUUACUUCAACUGGAAUCUAGCCUUGCCGAGAGCUUGGCCGACGAAGCCUUGUCGCUGCCUCCCUCUGGCAUGGGUAGCAGCGCAGCACUCUCGCAACUUCUCGUCCUGGAGGAGGAUCGACUGAAGGAGGAAGCUGUGGCGCUGCCUGCGGGUGCACGAGACGUUAACGGGCAACAGCUGGACCUGCGAAGCACGAACAGCUGGCUUCUAAAGCUAGGGGAGGUCGAAACGCCCGAAGCCGUUGAGGUUUUUUGCAUCAAUGCCAUGGCACCCUUUAUCUUAAACAGCCGUCUUCGGCCUUUGUUGGAAUCCUCACCACACCCUGACAGAUAUGUGGUGAACGUCUCUGCGAUGGAAGGGAAAUUUUACAGAUACAAGCAGCCAACGCACCCGCACACCAACAUGGCCAAAGCAGCCCUUAACAUGAUGACGCGCACCAGUGCCGAAGACAUGGCCAUGAGCAGUGGGAUCUACAUGAAUAGUGUGGACACUGGGUGGAUCAACGAUGAGAAUCCCCUUCCCACUGCGCAGCGAAUUGCGGAGAGUCAUCAGUUUCAGACACCCAUUGAUGAAGUUGAUGCCGCAGCAAGGAUCUUAGACCCUGUGCUUGGGGGGAUGGAAGCCGUGGCAUCUGGCUACGUCAUGGGGCGCCGCCCCAGAAAAGGUGCAGGUGUGGAAGAGCGUGAUUCUGGUCCGAUGUGGGGCUGCUUCCUGAAAGAUUACAAGCCAACGGAAUGGUAA